CCACGCUCUUAACCACUGCACCACACUGGCUCUCACUUUGGAGCACAGGUUUGCAGCGUGGUUGUGAUUUAGGACCAGCAUGUCCAGUGGUUCAGCUAGACAUGCACCUUGGGACAGAAGUCCAGGGGCUCUCAAAAUCAUCACUCAGAGAUCAGCACAGGGGCAUUACUAGGUACCAAGAAAGACAAAAAAGCAGGAAUUUCAUAUGCUAUUUUACAUGCGCUCUAAAGUCUCUCUGUGUUUUGAUAACCAUGUCUGCUAAGGGCACCCUUAUCUAUAAAAAGGGAUGUAUGAAGGAGGAGAGGAGUGCGUAUGAUUUCAAGGGGAAAUGACCCUCUGGCAGAAAGAUUAAAGGGGUACACCAGAAGGUGAAUCUCAUGUGGGCAAAAAGGCAGAAAAUGCCUCAAGGUUAAGCAUAACAGCAAGUGGGGGUGGGGGGAGCAAAGAAAGACGGGAGGCUGACGAUGUUUCCUACGAAACCGAAAGUAUAUGUGGACAGGCGGUAUUUCAAAAUCAGCGCAGGGGCAUCCAGGACCCUGCAGGAGAAAGCUUAAGAAAUGGAAAAGGAGAAGAUCAAAGCUGCCUUGAGUGAAUUAACAGAUAAGGAAAUCAAGAAACUGAAGUCCGACUUAAAUGACUUUUCUAAAGAGGAAGAAAAAGAGGGGCACAGCAAGAUCCCCUGGAAUGUCCUGGAGCCACUGAGUACCCCCUAUGAGCUGGCGGAUCUCCUGAUGCAGCAUUAUCCAGGUCGGGCUGGCAGGGUAACCGUGAAGUUGCUACGCAAAUUGCCCUCCAAUGAGGAGGCUAACAAGCUGGAGAACUGGCUUAAUACUAUCCAGGACAAGGGAACAGACAUUCCCAAGAAGACAGGGAAAUCCAGCACUGAAAGCAAAACUAAGGGAGCCAGAAAUCAUGUUGACAUCAGUGGACCUGAUCUGGAUUGCUAUGAUAUGAAGCAAAAGCGUGUCGCUUUCUUGAUGUGUAUGAAAGUAGAUAGACCUGGUGCAGAAAUUGACUUUGAAAUAAUGAAAAAAAUCUGUAAAACAUUUGACUUUAAGACUCCUACAGAGUGCAUAGAUCCUUCUCUGAAAGACUUAAAGAAAAAACUACAAGAUUUCAGGGAAACAAUCAACAAUUCAGAUGAGGAAAUCAGCUGCUGUUUGAUUUCCCUUAUGGGCCAUGGAAAGUUAGAUGACCACAUCUGCCUCAAAGACGUCCCAAUCUCUCUUGCAGAAGUAUUCUCAUUUUUCAACAAUAAGGAAUUCCCAAAGCUCAGGCGAAAGCCUAAAAUAUUUAUAAUUCAAAGCUGCAGAGGAUCAAACAGAGACUAUGGAGUCGAAGCAGAUGAUCAGGCUAUGGUAUCCGAUAUGAUAAAUCAAAAGCUGCCCACAGCCAGUGACUACUUCAUUGUCUAUUCAUCUCAACCAGGAUUCAUAGCAAUCCGUGAUAAAUACCAUGGAUCACCAAUGAUUACAACAAUGGACGAAGUGUUUGCUGAUCAUGGUAUGCAAUGGCAUAUUGGGGAUCUUUUUACUAAGGUCAACAGGAAGAUGACAGAAGAAGAAUUUCUGUUCACAAAUGAAAAUAAACCUGUGAAAGUCUCCAUAGUAAUGGAAUCUACUCUGACCAAAGCAGUUUAUCUUGCACCAAAUUAAUCUGGUUCUAUCCAAGCCAUCUUCUGUCCAAUGUUGCAGACACGUCUUUUUGUCCAAAGUACACGUUUUUUAACUAAAGUACAAUAUAUCAACUGUGCCUUUCCUUUUGCUAAAUCUUAGGAUGUGAUUAGAGUGUAAUUCCACCAGAUGUGGACACAGAGGGGCCAAAUUAGUGUCAGUUCACAACAUCCUUAAGGUGAUUCAGAUUUUAUGUCCAUGCAAUAAGUGUUAGGCAACACCUUUUAAGUUACCUAUUAUCUGGACUUUCUAGAGAACUCUGUAAUAUAUCUGGAACAUAGGUCCGAUGCAAUCCGUCUGGAGGAGGACCUGUGCUGCUGAGGGAACACGGCAGGGCAGGAAAGCAGGGCAAGGUGCUGGCACUGCAGCUGCAGGAAGACCUAUGUUGCUGAGGCCAGUUCUGGAGGGAAGAGCUUGCUCUUAUGUAGCACCCAGCUGGCUCCAUGGCUGAGCCCAGUCCUGUGCUCUUAACCACUGCACCACAUUGACUCUUAUGCCACAGGAAUCUCCAUUAGUAGCAACAGAAACUUUCUUCCGAGGCUAACAGGAACUUCAGGAUGGUAAGUGCUUACAUACAGCUACCAACAAUGUCCCUUUCCAUAUACACCUGCCCUAACUUUGAGAUAUUCUGCUGAGAUCCAUUUCUGGGAGCCCUCUCCAAAAAAGGUUAGAAGAAUGGCUAGAAGGGAAGGGCCUUUUCUAUGGUAGCACCCCAACUCUGGAACCUGCUCCCCAGAGAGGUGUGCCCGGUGCCAGCGCUUUAUUCAUUUCAGCACCAGGCCAGAACCGUUUUAUUUACCCAGUAUUUUAAUGGCUGAAUGAUUUUAUUAUAUAAUAGUGAAUGGCUUUUACUAUAUAUUUUUCUAUAUUGGAAUUUUUUUAUGCUGUGCUAUUAUGAUAUUGGUUUUUUGGUAAGCUGUCUGGUAUACAAGACAAGGUAAAAAUGUUUUAAAUAAAUCUUUACUGCUACACAUAAAAUGCUUUUGUGCAAUUAGCAUAACAUAUCUCUAACCCUUAAUCAUGUUUUGGCAAUAAAAUAUAUGUUUCUAUUAUCUUUA